GUAUUUAAAGCAGUAUGUGUAAAAUUCUUUUUGUAAACAAUUUAAAAAAAACUUCCCUUUGAGCUUCUCUAUUUAUGCCCUUAUUUCUUUACAAAAAUGGUUCGCAUUAAAAAUCGUUAUAUUGUGGUAGAAAUAGUACCUGAAUCUAAGCAACACAAUGUUUUACACUACAAAGAUCAUGUGUUAAGUAAAUGUAUCUUGGCCGCUGUCCGUAAAUACUAUGGCGCGUAUGGUCUUGGCCGCGUAGAGUUAGGUUUUUGCACGAAGUAUUGUAAUGAAAGAACGAAAAUUGCCCUAAUUCGCUGUUCACAUCAAUCACAUAAAUUCGUUACCAGCAUCUUACCGCUUAUAACUACGAUAGGUGACGUGCGUGCUAAGUUUCACACCAUUUAUGUAGGCGCUACAAUAAUAAACUGUAACAAAUUUAUUGUAAAAUAUCAACAAAAGUGUUUGGAUCGUAUUUUGGGGCAAAUUGAAUCGGCUAAAGAAAGACAAGAUACGAUAAAACGUAUUAUGGAAUUUGAACUCAAUUAAAAACUAUUCAUUGACACAAAAGGAUGGCUCAAUGUUGAUUCGCUUUCAAAUAGAUUAACUUGGCCAAAACUUAACUUAGGUUAGGCUUGUGAUUGUGGUUCCAGCUUAUGAAUGUAUUGCGAUUAAAACAUAUUUAAAUAUAUUACUAAAUAUCGAAGAGCUAAAACGGAAUGCUUAAGCAUCUCGUCCACAUCACAAUCUUGUCUACGUUGAGUAAAAAAAUGUAGAAAGCUUUCUGUAUUUAACGUUAAACUAGUUAACAGCAGACGUAUAUCCGAAUUCUUCAAAGUAGUAAUAUCCGAAUAAUUUGUCGAAGUUAUGUUACAAAAAUUUUAUUUUAAUAAUUGUAAUCAUUAAACUUCAAACCUUAUUUAACACACUCCAUUUCCUUGAUCUAGAUCGACUCGCUAUUGUCACAUUAUCUGUGUGUCAUAAAUAAAUAGAAAAUAAUAGAGCUUGCGACAAAAAUAAUAGGGAUUGCGA